CGGUAACGGAGGGCUGUCUUGGUAGCUUCCAUGACACGUGGCCUUCGCCAUGUUCGCCGCGGGCCCCGACGCAUUGUCCUCGGUGUGGCGGCAAGUGCGGCUGGCAGGUGCCUGCUAGUACCGCUGCUGGGGGAGCCAUCACGGCAGCCAGAGUUCCAAAAGCUUGCAGGGCCGGAGCCGGCCUUGGACUUGGCGCUGCUUCGAGGCUUCCUCGACAAAUCGGAGAUCGCGAAGGUGGAGACCGCAGUGCAGGACGCCCAAGUCUGGGGCAUAGACGACCGGGAUGAUGACCUGGGCUAUGCGCAUGAGGUUUGGCGGAUGGAGGAGGUGAUGCAGCAGAACUUUGGCGAGACCUUUAAGAAGCUGAUUGACACGGCCUGGUCCGUCGAACGCAGGAUGUGGGGCAACAUCUUGGAGUUUGUGUUCCCUGAGAUCGAGUACAUCGAAUAUGAUGUGGCUCGGCUUGGGCGGCCCGGGUCCAUUUCGCGGCACGCGGACAACGACAGCAUGAUCACCACGGUGGUAUUGCUCUCUGACCCCUCAGAGUUUGAGGGUGGCAUCAACUGCUUUGAUGGCGACAAAGCAGCACGGCAGGUGCCUUUGCAGCGGGGCGAUGCGGUCUUCUUCUUUGGAGAUGCCUGCCAUCACUGGAUCACGCCGGUGACCCGGGGCCGGCGGGCAAUCCUGCAGAUGGAGCUUCGGAACCGCUAUGAGGAGCCACCCCGGCGGGUCCUGCGGAGGAAAAUGCCGUGGCCAUCUGGUGUUCGCAUAAAGACAGUCAACAAGCAGCAGUUCUCGGAGAUGUCCUGGUUUCAGAUUUGCGCGGGAACAUGCUAA